AUGCCCGCUAGUAGCCCACAUGGCGAGAGCAAUGGGAACGUGGAAGAGUCCCAGGCAUUUUCGGAGGACGUGUUUGACGACACAUACGCGGAAAAAGUAGCUCCCAGACACCCUUGGACGCUGGUGUGGAGAAACAUCUGGCUCAUGGCGAUGCUGCACGCCGGCGCUCUCUAUGGAGUCUCCCUCAUCCCGGAUGCUUGUGCUCUCACGCUCGUUUGGAGCGUUGUGUGCUUCUAUUUCAGCGCUCUCGGUGUGACGGCAGGAGCGCACAGGUUGUGGAGUCACAGAUCCUACACAGCUACGCCGGCCCUUAAAAUCUUCCUCGCCCUUGCCAACUCAAUGGCUUUUCAGAAUGACAUUUACGAGUGGGUGAGAGACCACCGUGUCCAUCACAAGUAUUCAGAGACUGAUGCUGACCCGCAUAAUGCCAAGAGAGGCUUCUUCUUCGCGCAUGUGGGAUGGCUACUGGUUCGCAAACACCCAGACGUCAUCGAGAAGGGACGAAAACUGGAGCUAUCUGACAUAAAGGCCGAUAAAGUGGUCAUGUUCCAAAGACGGCACUACAAGCUCUCUGUGUUGAUCUUGUGCUUCCUCGUGCCCAUGAUGGUACCCUGGUACUUUUGGGGUGAGUCCCUCCUGGUAGGCUACUUUCUACCUGGGUUACUGAGGUACACCGUCGCUCUCAACGCCACCUGGCUGGUCAACAGCGCUGCGCACAUGUGGGGGAACAGGCCUUACGACCGCAACAUUAACCCCAGGGAAAACACAGUUGUCGCCUUCAGUGCCAUCGGUGAAGGCUUCCACAACUACCACCACACAUUCCCAUUUGAUUAUGCCACCAGCGAGUUCGGCUGGAGGCUCAACUUCACUACUGCCUUCAUCGACCUCAUGUGCUUCCUGCGUCUGGCCAGCGAGCGCAGGUCGGCAUCCCGGGAGAUGAUCAUGGCCCGCGUGCGGCGGACGGGCGAUGGCGCCACUAAAAGUGGCUGA